GUCAGGCAAUAACUCGGACAGCUCUUAAUGGGGAAAUGUGCACCUCAUGGACAUUCCCUGCAGAAAGCUUCCGUUAGUGCAGAGAAAGCUUCCUAGUUCUGCACAGAUUGAGGCUUCACCGUAAACUCAACUAACGUGUUAGGUGUUUGUGUGUGUGCUUUUAGUUGCGUACGUGUGUGAGGUCUUAAAACAACUGUAAGCAUGCCUAAAAGAGCCAAGAAGAAUGAGGAAGCUGUGGAUGGGGAGACUGGCAAUGGAGCAGAACCUGCAAAGAAAGAGAAGAAGGGGAAGGAGCCAGAGGCACCGAUUCUGUACGAGGAUCCUCCUGAUCAGAUGACCAGUAAGGAUGGCCGUGCGGCUAACAUGAAGAUCACCUCCUGGAAUGUGGACGGUCUGCGUGCAUGGGUCAAAAAGAACGGCCUUGAUUGGGUGCGUAAGGAGGAUCCAGAUGUGCUUUGUCUGCAGGAAACAAAGUGUGCUGAGAAAUCUCUGCCAUCUGAUAUCACUGACAUGCCUGAGUAUCCGCACAAGUACUGGGCUGGAUCAGAGGAUAAGGAAGGUUACAGCGGAGUGGCCAUGCUCUCCAAGACUGAACCGCUCAAUGUCACCUACGGUAUCGGUAAAGAGGAACACGAUAAAGAGGGCCGAGUUAUCACUGCUGAGUUUCCGUCUUUCUUCCUGGUCACGGCGUAUGUGCCCAACGCCAGCCGUGGUCUGGUGCGUCUUGACUACCGCAAGACGUGGGAUGUUGAUUUCCGUGCCUAUCUGAGCGACUUGGACAAGCGCAAGCCCCUGGUGCUGUGUGGAGAUCUGAAUGUGGCCCACCAAGAGAUCGAUCUCAAAAACCCCAAGGGUAACCGCAAGAGUGCAGGCUUCACCCCUGAGGAACGCGAGGGCUUCACCGAACUUCUCAAGGCCGGUUUUACCGACAGUUUUCGGGAGCUGUAUCCAGAACAAGCCAAUGCCUACACCUUCUGGACCUACAUGAUGAAUUCACGAGCCAAAAACGUCGGCUGGCGUUUAGACUACUUUUUGCUGUCCUCUGCCUUACUCCCAGGUCUGUGUGACAGCAAGAUCCGAAACACGGCCAUGGGAAGUGACCACUGUCCUAUUACCCUGCAUUUGGCCGUUUAGAUCAGGUUUCAACCUUUUCAGUUCCGUAUAUAUCUGCAUAGACACAGAAGGGUCUAGUCCUGUUAGUUCUAGAUUAGUAUUUCCUCUCUAUAAAACAAAUAGAGGUCCACACACACACACACACAGGAAUAUGUGUGGUGCAGACACGCAUUGAAAGGAAUUGUAGUUAAGUUGUUUUGUAGUUUUGCAGCUUUGGUGAAGACUGCUGUUAUUGGUCACCUGAAAUCAGAUUUUGACACCAAAAUAUCAACAACAACAAAAAAGUCAUUCAUUUGAGCUCUCAUCACAUUUUAGAUUUUCAGUGUUUAAAAAAAUGUCAAGACAAUUAUCUAAAUGACAAACCUUGCCAAACUAUUGUAAUAAACAUUCUCUCAGUGUUGGUUAUGGCAAAAUGUUUUGAAGCUUGUAAAAUACCUUGACCUGCAAAGAUAUAUGAUGUGUCUGAUUUGUAGUCAUAGUUCUUUGGAUUUUGUCUUUGGUGCUAUUUUAACCUUUGAAAUCUACAAAACUCUCUAUUGAAUGAUGUUAGUGGUAGUUAAAUGUUACAUAUGCCACAUAUUAGUUCCAAAAGACCAAUGAUUUUGCUAAUUUGCUCUUUUUCCCCAUUUUCUGUCUGUCUGUAGACAUUUUCAUGUUUUGAAAUAAAGUAGUUUAUAAAAAAAAUAA